AUCGCUCUCCUGUUCAUAGUUCUCUUCCCCGUGGUCCGCGCUAUCGUACAGCUCGUGGUGAAGCGUUCUGAGCUUGAUAUCAAAGUCGCUGUCAUCACCCAGCCGCAGAAUACCACUUUCAAAUUAGGUCUGCAAGGAAAUGUCACCCACACAGGCAUCUUUUCUGCCAAAAUUCAGUUUACUGAACCCAUUCGCAUCUCUUGGGUUGAGGACGGUGGUACAGAGACGCCUCUUGGCACUAUGACCUUGGACGUACUCUCUGCCAAGCGUAAACAGGCGAUUAUCGACCAGAACACGACCUUCAUAAUAACCGAUCAAGCAGAAUUUGGUCGCUUCUCCAGUCACCUGAUUACUUCACAAAAUUUCACCUGGCGCUUGCAGAGCAACAAUUUACGCGUUCAAGCCCUCAAGUUUCCGUUGGCCAAAGGUGUAUCUUUUGACAAGACACUCACUUUGAAGGGCUUCAACAGUUUCGAUGGCAACAUUGUUCUGCGUGACCUUCAACUUCCAAGUGACGCCCCCAGCGGAGGUAUCAAUUUUGUAGCUGUAACCGAAAUCUCAAACCCAAGCCCUUUCUCUCUGAGUCUUGGCACCGCCGUAUUCGCACUUUCCUACCAGAACGCCUCGCUCGGCGUAGGCACUGGUGUAAAUACAAUAAUUUCGCCGGGGACAAAUCGAAUCUCCCUCAGUGGGAUUUUAGUAAAGCAGACAGACCCUACGAGCUUGGCCGCCCUCUCGCAGCUAUUUACAAAUUAUCUCAACGGGGAUUCCUCUCCAGUCAUUGCUCAAGGGCAGUCGACCCUGCAAUCAGACGGUUCCACCAUCUCGUGGCUUUCGCAAGGUCUUCAAAGUUUAAAGCUCAAUGUACCUUUCAAGCCGUUUGCUCCGAUUGAUCCCAUUCGAACAAUCUCAAUUGGGGAUCUCAGUCUUAAGUUUGACAAGGAGUCAUCUUGGACGCCUGCAGCAGAGAGUCACUCAGUGCGGGCUUCUCUUCAAUUGCCGUUUGGUUUCAACUUGGCAAUAGAUGAAAUACAGAACCAGUUCAACAUCGUAAAGAAUGGCAACGCUGUAGCAGGGCUCUCCACACCUCUCGGGGCAUCCACGUCCUCCAUUUCUGUCCUCAGUCACACCGCCACCACAGGAAUCAUUAAUAUCACCAUCAUGGCCACAAACUUGAGCUGUCCAGACCCACAGCAUCCCGCCUUUGCGGCGUUUAACACGGAUCUGACCAUUCAAGACACAGCCAAUUUCUUCCUAGUGGGUCAAUCGCGAGCAAUAGCCAAUCUAAGCAUCGGUCAAAUUACUCUGGAUCCCAUCAAGGUCAACGUCUCCACCAGUCUUCAGGGUCUUCAGGGUCUUAAAGGCAUGACAACAAUCGAGAACGUCGACGUGACUGGUGGAACCCAGACGGGCAUUAACCUUGGUAUCAAAGUCUCCAUUUUUAAUCCCUCCAGUCUUAAUCUUGCCACGGGUGAUUUAACUCUCCUAUUGUUAAGGGAUGGUGUUGCGUUGGGGACAGCGCUCCUGCCCGGUUUAACACUCCAACGGGGUAAUAAUAGUCUUACCGCUUCUUCGAACUUUCAGGCGAAUAAUAGUCCUCAAGGUCUCCAAACUCUCAACGAUUUUGUCGGAAAGAGAGAUGUUCAACUCGUGAUUGCUGGCUUCAACGGGAGCACUGAAAUGGCUUCGCUGGUGGAUGCCUUCAAAUCGAUAGAUAUCCAAGUGACACUUCCAGGCCUGAAGACAGACCUCUUAAAUUCCGCCGCUCUGAAAGUGUUACCCACAACAGGCCAGAACAACAUUAGCCAUGUCGCUGUCUCGAUUGCCAAUCCCUUCAGUGCUCCGUUGGCGAUAACUAAAGUCACAUCGAUUGUGAAGGCAUUUGGGAUAGUUCUAGGAAGCAUUAGCUCAAACGCAAGCUUCACUUCCGCCCCAAAGUCGACAACAGUUUCGCCAGCUCUGGACUUGGAUAUGAACUUUGAUCCCGCCGCUCUGUUCACGGUCACCCGUGCGUUGUCUGUCGAGGCAGGUCUGAACGUCGCUCCUCUCGAUUCCAUCGUGCAACUCGGGGGCAUUCAAUAUUUGACAACUACUGGGAACCAACCUUCGACCGAACGUCGGGGCAGUAUAUUCUCUGGUUUCGAUUUGCCAACGUUCGUGCAGACGGCAUUCAAGAAACUCCAAUCUGAUGUCGAACUAAGUGUUGAUGUAACCAUUGGCGACUAUAAAACCACCCUCCAAUAUACCCAGAAUUCUGUUCCGACUACCACUGAUGAUUCACUUAAUCUUCUUUUGCCCGUGUUAGCGCGACCUAUUGUUCAAAAAGUUGUUGGCGAAUCUGUUCUCGGAAUCGAUACGGUUCUCAUCACAAAUCCUCAACAAAAUUCCUUUGGCACCCAACUAAAAGGCAGCAUCUCAAACGCUGGUCCCUUCGACGCGACCAUUGCGUUUCCAUCUGGCCUCAUGAUCUCCUGGCAAGGGAAGCAGCUUGGUAAGAUUAAGAUGCAAGAUAUCAGCAUUGUGGGGGACGUUGGAGCUAGCCUCGACUCCCGGUCAGAUUUCGAAGCCACAGAUGUCGACCAUUUGACAAAAUUUACAAAGAUUCUCUUAAACGAAGAAUCGUUUGAUUGGGAUAUUUCAGGCAAUAAUUUGACUGUCACCGCACUUGGAAUCGAAAUUCCUGGCAUUACAUUCUCAUCUAGGAGGGUCACUCUCAAGGGGUUUAAUGGCUUGAAAAACGGCGUCCAUAUUAAAUCUUUUGACCUCCCAUUCAACGACCCCGCGGGCGGUAUUCAUCUCACCCUUCAAGCAAUCACAGAAAACCCAUCCCAAGUUGGAAUUGAGCUCGACUCAAUUGACUUUAACACCUUUGUCGGUGAUGUUAUGAUUGCACCAGUAACCACUACAGGCACCAUCAUUCUUGCGCCGGGAACUACAUCCAAUCUAUCCCUUGUCGGUCGCUUGCUUCCUCAAACUUCUGCUUCCGGCCUUGCAUCGGUUUCGGACGUUUUCAACAACUUUAUUCAGGGUAGAGACAGCCAAGUUAUCGUGCAAGGCUCAAGCGCUGGAUCUGGCAAAGUCACAUGGCUCGAAGAGGGUAUCAAAUCACUUAGAGUAUCCACCACUCUCCCCAAUCAAGGACCUCUCAAUAUCAUUAAAUCGAUCAGCCUUAAUCAGCUUCAGCUGAUGUUCACGCCUGAAACGUCCGAACGCCCUUCUACCAGUAGCAAGUCUACAGACGCCACAUUUGCCCUUCCGUUUGGAUUCCCUCUGGACAUUCCUGCACUCAAACAAACCAUUACUAUCGGGUUUGAGGGAGUCAAUUUUGCUCAACUCGCUAUACCCAAGGGUCCUAGCAGCACAGAUGUAGAGGCUAGAGUCAUCCAUCUUGCUUUUCAGGACGUCCCGCUCACCGUCUUCAGUGGCGGCCAGUUGACCUUUAGUAAAUUCGUCGCAGCAACGACAGCGGGGGAAACGCAGACAAUCAGUCUUUCUGGAACUGCUGAUGCUGACGCACAAACGGCGGUUGGAUUGUUGACCCUCACGAACAUCCUUUUCGCCGUCGAAUCUAAUCUCCAGGGAUUGCAAGGUCUAAACGCCAGACCUGCAAUAGUCGGCAAUAUUGAUGUGAAUCACGGAUUUCCCGAUUUCCUUCUCAUCAAAGUUGAUGCUGCACUUUUCAACCCAAGAUCUGACAUUUACUUAACUUUAGGAGUUGGUGAUGUAUCUUUCUCCUUACAAUUUCAGGAUCAAACUAUUGGUUCCGCCGACAUUAGUAACCUCGUCGUUGUUCCUGGAAAUGCCAGCUAUCCUAUCGAUGUGCAUUAUGCCCCACGAGGAGCCGCGGUAGGCGCAGGCCAGACACUUUUGCAAAACUUUUUACAAGGGACAGACGCCAGGACAAGCAUUUCAGGAUCAACUGAUUCGACACCCAUCGAUUCUGUCAAACUUGCGUUAUCACAAAUUCAUCUUUCACCUGUCAUCAUACCCGGUCUACACCAAACUUUGAUCAAAAGCGUCUCCUUAACCUUUCCCCCGAACAUUGUUCAAACAGGAGUGGCUUCCACCUCGUUUGCUCUCUCUAACCCAUUUACCGCUAGCAUGAGCUUAUUGGAAGUCGGGGCUAUCGCCACGUUUCAGGGCCUUAAUCUUGGGAUGGUCAGCAAGAUGAAUGAGCUGCCGAAUCCCAUUCAAGCCAAAGGACAUAGCGAUGUUACUUCUCCAAAUUUACCCCUGCAGUUCAAUCUCGAUCCCUCAACUAUCAUUGCGUUGCUUCUCUUGGCAUCGAAACAAAAUGACGUUUCUUUGGGUCCACUCAAUGAACUCUUCCAAUUCAUCCUUCGUAACCCACAUUACAGACCGCCCGUGACAUCAUUUGUGGAUACGCAGGUGGCGACCUGUGUUAGCGGCAAACAGUUCGAUGCGACGACCGCGAUCUUGAAGUCCUUGUCGGGCCUCAAAGUGGAUCUGAACAUCGAAGUCUCAGUCAAGUUGGACGAUUUCGCUACCGACCUUGCUUUCAAUCAAAAUUCCGUGCCUGCUAUCACAGAUCAAUCUGCUCUGUUCUUGGUCGGAGCAGUUGCAGGACCCAUUGCCCAGCAUCUUGUAGAUGGCUCAGAGCUGGCAUUUACCGCUGCUGAUAUCACAAACAUCUCGGACGAUGGUUUCGAUCUUGCACUCAAAGGCUCUCUUACCAAUAUUGGCCCUCUUGACGCCCUCAUCACAUUUACUGAGCCUGUUACCGUCAAUUGGCAAGGGAAAGACAUUGCUCGCAUCACCCUUCAACCUAUCUGCGCCGUGGCUGAUAUCGGAGUCCCUGACUACGAAACAAACGCUCGGCUGACAAUUACUGACUCGACAUUCUUCACAGAGUUUGCAACGUUUUUGCUUCAUAACCCUAGCUUCGACUGGACGAUUUCGUCCCAGAAACUUCGAGUAACAGCUCUCGGAACGGUCUUUCAUAAUGUCUCCCUCUCAAAAGUCGUCACUUUCAAAGCGUUUAACGGCCUUCCCGGUGUGACAAUAAGUGAUUUUCAACUCCCGUCUGACGAUCCCGCCGGCGGGAUUCACAUCGAAACCGAUGCACUUAUUCCAUCUGUUGCACAGCUUGGAAUAGAUUUAGGCACGGUCACCUUUAACACGUACUUUCAAGGAACAUUCGUCGGUCCGUUAUCGGCAAGGAAUCUAUACCUUCAAGCAAACAUGGCGACUAGGACUCAUCUGAGUGGUCGCAUUGUUCCCCAAAGCGGGUCAGAUGUGGCUGUUAUUGGAACCCUAUUUUCUGGCUUUCUUGCUGGUCAAAACUCGACACUCGAAACAAGGGGCGAUUCAGUUCAGCCAGCGGGCUCCAUUAAGCCCGUUACCUGGCUCAGUACUGCUUUCAAGUCACUUUCUUUGAGCGUUAGCCUAGCUGGCCAGAAACUCCAGGUAAUACAAUCGAUCUCACUAAAUGACUUGGAGGUCACCCUUAAGUUGCAAGACCAAACCUUCGCACCUCCAACCAGUUCUGAAUCUACUCUAGCCACCUAUAAAAAUCCCUUCGGGUUCUCGUUGCAAGUUGUUGAAUCCGGACAAACCCUCGUUCUCAGUUCUCAAGGCACAGACUUGGCGCAGCUUGACUUACCAAAAGCCCCCGUGAACGGCGGGAUUUCGACUGGCAAUGCUGCUGAACUUGUCAUUUCCUUCCGCGACCAGCCUUUGAAAGCCUUGAAUGAAGCCACAUUUGGUGAUUUGUUUGCUGGCGUCACUCUUAGCAGAAGCCUCGGCAUCACAUUGAAGGGUGCUGUUGACGUUACAGCAAGAACUUCCAUCGGUGACGUUCCCAUAUCCGGAAUACCCUUUGAUGUCCCGACUCAACUCAAAGGCAUUGAUUCGUUUGGCGGAUCAGCGGACUUGAGCGACGUUUCAGUCGCAGGCAGUGGCGGGAAGGGAGGAAACGAAUAUAUUGUUGCUCCUCUAACAACUGCACUGCAAAAUCCAUCAAACAUUUCUUUGAGCACCGUCGACGUCACUCUGCCAGUCGUCUUUCAAGGCGUCAAGAUUGGGCGGGCCGCCAUUCCGAAUUUUGAUCUCAAGCCAGGGAGAAACUACAUUCCAACGGAAUUUCACUACGUACCGGACAACGCAAACGAUACGGUUGCACAGGUUUCUUAUACU